CAUACAUAUGUAUAAUGCAGUGUACAAUAUUUUUGAUUAUUAUGAGUGUAAGGCUCGUCACCGGAGCUUCUGGUGUCCCCAUCCUUGUGAACUUUCUGAACGAAUUGAAGGAAGUUUAUCAUCCACUCCAAAUCGUGGCCUAUACCUGUUUUGACUCAGAUGAAAAGAAAUAUUUUGCGGAAAACUUCAACUCAAUGCUGAAGUUCAAUUCAUUAGAGGCGGUAAGCAGUCUCGUCAAAGACGAAGACGCCCCUCACUUAACUACCUAUCUACUGGAUUUACAAUGUAAUAAUUCGAAAGCAUUUAUGGAAGCCUCAGAAACCAGGAAAUUUUUUCAACAUCCUUACCGUUGGGUAAUUUUUGGAAGCGUUUUGAGUCAAGUUCCUGAAAUUGAAACUUUGAUUGACAGCAACGUUUUAUUUGUUGAGAAGAACUUUCAACUUUGGAACUUCUACAGAGUUCGGCCGUCUUUACCAUAUAUUUUUGAAUACUUCGGGCAUUGGGACGAAACUGGACUUCAAAUUAACCACACUUCAAUGGUGUUAUCUCGCCGGCGACGUAACCUGCAGAAAAUCCCCUUGAAAGUUACUAUAGUCAUUACUCAAAAUCAAUCUAUGGAUCAUCUGGAGGAUUACCAAGAAAGGCACAUUGACUCAAUUGGGAAAGUUAACUUUGCUGUAACAAAAGUGUUAUUGGAGUCCUUGAAUGCUUCCUCUAUAUAUAAUAGAGUCAAUACUUGGGGUUAUCUAAACCAAAGCACAGGAAAUUGGACUGGUAUGAUGGAAGAACUGGUAAAUGGACGGUCUGAUAUUGGAGGUACAUCAUUAUUUUUUCAAACUAAUCGAAUACCAUUGAUCGAUUAUCUUUCAAUGGUUACACCAACUAGGAGUGCAUUUUUGUUUCGCGCGCCACCACUGUCAACUGUUUCAAAUAUUUAUUUGUUGCCGUUUACAAAUUUAGUCUGGCUCACGACAGGAUUCAUAGUUGUUCUAGCUGUUAUAUUCAUAUUCACUAUAUUAAUGGUUCAAACCAAAUUUGUUAAUUUCGAGGGUCCAGAGAAUUCAUCUAGAUUCUCUGAUUGUAUUUUGAUUGGAAUAUCUGCAAUAUCGCAAAUGGGGAUAAUACUGCAACCCAGGAGGAUGUCAUUGCGGAUUGCUUCAAUAUUUCUUCUAGUCGCUUUACUUUUUCUGUACACAUCUUAUACUGCGAAUAUUGUGGCCUUGUUGCAGUCGACAGCAAGGACAAUUACAUCACUAACAGACCUUUUGAAUUCAAAUUUAGAAGUUGCUCUCGACGAUAAUCCGUAUAAUAGAUAUUAUUUUCCGAUGGCCACUGAACCAAUCCGUCGAAAGAUUUAUGAAACUAAAGUGCUAACAGCAAAAGGCGGUAGCUACAUCAACGUAUCAGAUGGUGUUGAACGUUUGCGAAGAGAAUCAUUUGCAUUUCACACCGAGCUCAGUGUUAGCUACAACCUUAUAGAAAGAACAUUUUAUGAACACGAGAAAUGUAACUUGCAAACUGUGGAAUUCUUGCAAGUAAUUGAUCCUUGGUAUGCCAUACGGAAGAAUUCCUCCUUUAAGGAAUUGAUAAAGGUGAAUUUAUUUCGUAUUCGAGAAUAUGGAAUUCAAGCAAGAGAAAACGCGAAAAUUUACACGAAGCAACCGCUAUGCACGUCUCAUGGACAAAACUUUGCCAGUGUACGAUUGCAGGAAUGUUAUGGAGCAUUCGUUAUAUUGGCCUCUGGGUUUGCAAUUUCUUUUUUAUUUUUCGUCAUGGAAAAACUAUUGGUUAAUUCCGGAAGAAUCUGCCUAAUAUAGAAAUACUGAACGGGAGAUUUAAUUCAGAAAACACUAUACAAUGCACGAGGAUUCCAUUCGAUAAAACGGUACACAUGAAAAAUCAUUGAACCUUUGUUCACUAUGUUAGUGCAAAAUAAUGCAACUUUCUGAUAUUCAAUAAAAAUUCACUAUAUUUUUC